CCAUUCUUAUUCUUUUUUUACUACUAAUACUAUUAUUUCUGUUAUACAUUCUAAGCUUUUUUAAUUUUGUUGGAUCUUUUCAUCUCAUACUUUCUUCAUAAUCGAACAGAGACAGAGUGUAUCCAACUCGGCAAUGGUGGCUGUUUUUGGUUCCCCAUACAAUCCAAUAAAUUUUCCAACUUGCACAAAAACAAGCUGCUAUUGAUACCAUACAUCUUGCUGAUGUCUGUGAUAAAGUGAACAUUAAUUGAAUCUUGAUCUAGAGCUUCACCGUUUCUGGCAGUUGGUUCACGCUAAAUAUGGGUUGUCUAUUACCUAAUCUGGUGCUUUUUGUCUUUGAAAACAUGGAUUAGUGUUUUGUUUUUGCUCCUUUUUUGUGGAUUGUGGAGGAGGAUCAAUGGCUCCAGCGACAGAUGUAUCUCCACAUUCAACAAGACUAGAAGGUGGAAGCUUCCAGGGAAGUUUCAAUUCAAUGGAGGAUGAAAAUGAAGGCUCAUUGGAGAAUAUGAACCAAAUCAACGCUGCCAAACCUCCAAGAAACCUCUCUGCUAUGCGCCAUUGCACCAGCUCUGCUUGGUUACCUGAACGGGAACCAGAUGUGCCCGUGAAGUCACCACCAUCAAAUGAGAAUUCUGGCUUUUUACCUGUAGUUCGUUCAGGAAGCUGUUCCGAGAAAGGACCAAAACAGUAUAUGGAGGAUGAGUUUAUAUGUGUUGAUAAUCUCUUUCAAUAUCUUGGUUCGGCUGCAAACUUCCCUUCCCCAGGAGCAUUUUAUGGGGUAUUUGAUGGACAUGGUGGUCUUGAUGCAGCAUCCUUUACCAGAAAGAACAUUCUCAAGUUUAUUGUUGAAGACUCCAAUUUUGCAACUGGCACGAAAAAGGCAGUUAAGAGUGCAUUUAUGAAGGCUGAUCAUGCAUUUGCAGAUGCUAAAUCUCUCGAUAGCUCCUCUGGCACCACUGCUUUGACUGCUCUCAUAUUGGGAAAGACCAUGCUCAUUGCUAACGCUGGGGAUUCUCGAGCAGUGUUAGGUAAACGAGGAAGAGCAAUUGAGCUGUCUAAAGACCACAAACCCAAUUGUACCUCUGAAAGAUUAAGAAUUGAGAAACUAGGUGGUGUUAUAUAUGAUGGCUAUCUCAAUGGUCAGCUUUCCGUAGCACGUGCCCUUGGAGACUGGCAUAUUAAGGGCUCUAAAGGGUCAAAAAGCCCCUUAAGCUGCGAGCCGGAGUUGGAAGAGGUUUUCCUGACUGAAGAAGAUGAGUUCUUGAUAAUGGGCUGCGAUGGCCUUUGGGAUGUGAUGAGUAGCCAAUGUGCUGUUACAAUGGUGCGGAAGGAGCUGAUGCAGCAUAAUGAUCCUGAAAGGAGCUCAAGAGCACUUGUCAAGGAGGCACUACAACGCAACACCUGUGAUAAUCUAACUGUUGUCGUGGUCUGUUUCUCUCCAGAGCCACCUCCACGGAUUGAAAUUCCUAGAUCGUAUAAGAGGAGGAGUAUAUCAGCUGAAGGGCUGGAUCUCCUUAAGGGUGUUUUGAACAACAUAUGAGCAGGAAUUAUCUACAGCUUGUACAAAAGUGGAGUUUAUACCAACACCACCACCCCCCCACCCCCAAAAAAAGAAAAAAGAAAGGAGAUUAUAACUUGGUGGGGCGAUUUUUCUGAACAACUGGUCCCUCCAGCUGCAGAGUUGAUGAUUUCUUUCUCACACCAAGAAUCCUGGAUAUCUGAUGUACUUCAUAUUUUGGAUUUUCUGUCAGUAAUCUUUGUGCUGUAGCCCUAAACUGCUAAUAAGUUGCCUAAAUUUUGGUCGUGUCAACCUCUACAAGUUUGAUAUUGGUUUCAGGAUUUCAGUGGCAAAGCUCAAAGUAUCAGCAAGUUUGAGGGACUACAGGAAUAUUGUGUUUUUCUUUGUAAAAGUUUACUACUAUCAAGACACGUCAAGAACCUGUAGUGAAAUUUUACAGCGCGCUGAGAGAGAGGACAAA